AUGGAGACGAUCAAGAAGGCAGACGUCGGUUCGCUCGGGGACGUUGCCAGUCAGGUCACGGAGCACGGUCAGAAAAUCGCCGAGACUCUGCAGGACGUCACCGUCAAGGACAUCGGGAAGGCUGUGCCUGGCACCGCGAGCACCGCGGUGGAGGAAGCUGUGGGCCAGGCCACGGACAAGCUCGGAGGCGUCGUGGGCACGCUGUCCAAGCCAGACCUGGUCGACAGGGCAAAGACCGUCAACGUGCAGGACGCCCUGGAGCUGGCCAACUCUGACGGCGUCAAGCGCGGCGCCGAGAUGAUCAGGGGCUCCAGUCUGGACGAUUUGGGGCACUCCCUUCGCGGCGCCAAGCCGGAGGAUAUCAAGAGAACGGUGGCAAACCCUCAGGAUCCGGAUGCCGUCAACCGAGCCGUGAGGGGUCGGCCCGCCCACGGCAUGGCCCAGGACGACUUAGAUGCAGAAGGCGCAGGGGGCGGGAGCGCUGUGGUUGCCGGGCUAGCUGUGGUGUGCGCGCUGGCCCUGGGCGGCUAUCUGCUGUUCCAGCACCUCACCAAACCCAGGCCAGCGGGGCUGCCCAUGCUGACUGGCGAAUCCGAGCGGGAGAACAUCAUGAUGACCACCCAUUGGAUGGGCAGCAGCGCUCGAGAGGUGAUCGCCAGCAGCAGCGGCACGCAGGCUGGGAACCCGGAAGGGUUCACCCGCUUCUAG